AUGGCUGCAGGUGGUAUUCUCAUUGUGUCACUAUAUGUAGAUGAUAUUAUCUACACAGGGAGUUCAAAAGAAAUGAUGGCUGAAUUCAAAGUUGAGAUGAUGAGGCAAUAUGAGAUGACUGACUUAGGUGUGCUUCAUCACUUUCUUGGUCUUGGAGUCCUACAAACUGAUACUUGCAUCUUCUUACACCAAAAGAAGUAUGCAAAGACUUUACUAGACAAGUUUGGACUCAAGGAUUGCAAGUCUGUUGCAACACCUCUGGCUAUGAAUGAAAAGCUGUCAAAAGUGGAUGGAAGUGAUCUAGCUGAUGAGACUUUGUAUAGGCAAAUGGUGGGGAGUCUGCUCUACUUAACUGCAACCAGACCGGAUAUCAUGUUUGCAGCAAGCCUCUUGGCUAGAUUCAUGCAUAAUCCAACCAAGAAACACAUGGGAACAGCAAAGAGGGUGCUGAGAUACAUUCAAGGUACUAUGAAUUAUGGAAUUGCUUAUGAAAAGGGAAAAGAGGCAGUGCUAAUAGGCUACUGUGAUAGUGAUUAG